UAAUAACCCUUUGACAGCGAUUGAGGGCGCUCUCUCACAACACCUUGCAAGCUGGCUACGACACGUGCGUGCAUGUUCGACACGAUCUUUGUGCUGUUGACUGGUGGUUGUUUAUGAUCGACGACGACGAAAGUGAACCGGUGACGUCAAAAAUGAAAGUUGUAGCCCUUGUAAGCGGUGGCAAAGACAGCUGCUAUAACAUGAUGCAGUGUGUAGCAGAAGGUCAUGACCUGGUAGCGCUAGCAAACCUCAGGCCAAAACAGCAAGAUGAGCUAGACAGUUACAUGUACCAGACAGUAGGGCAUCAUGCCAUCCAGCUGUAUGCCCAGGCCCUGGGCCUGCCGCUCUACAGGGGUGUCAUUGAGGGUUCACCUAAGGAACAAAGCAAGGAUUACUCCAUCACAGAGGGGGAUGAAGUGGAGGAUUUGUACAGACUCCUGCACAAAGUCAAGGAAGAGCUAGGUGUAGAAGGUGUGUCUGUAGGAGCCAUUCUGUCUGACUACCAGAGGGUGCGAGUGGAAAAUGUGUGUUGCCGACUUGGGCUUACCCCUCUGGCAUUCCUAUGGCGCAGAGAUCAAGAGGGACUCCUGAAGGAGAUGAUAACGGCUGGAGUGGAGGCUAUCAUCAUUAAAGUGGCAGCUAUGGGCUUGGACUCAAGGCACCUUGGAAUGACACUACAGGAGAUACAAUCACACAUGCUGCGCAUGAAAGAGAAAUACCAGUUGAAUGUCUGUGGCGAGGGUGGUGAGUUUGAGACGUUCACACUGGAUUGUCCACUCUUUGCCAAGAAAUUGAAAGUUAAACAUCAAGAAAUGGUGAAUCACAGCGACGAUGCGUUUGCACCUGUGUGGUACCUCAAUCUUCUUGGUAUGGAGUUGGAGGAAAAACAGAAUGUUGCGGAAGCCUUUGCUGAUAGGUUAAAGGGCAUUCCCAUGAAGCGAGGCUCUGACCUUCUCCAAGAACUUGAGGAUUUAAUGGAUGAGGAAUCACAAGGAAAUCCACCGUGUCCAGUGGAAGAUAGCAAUCCAAAUGAAGACUCAAACAGUACAUCCGAUGUUGCAACAGUUACAUCAUCUCCAAUUUGUAAAAUCUCCAGCGAAGGUUACAUGUGGGUCUCGGGGCUAACGCCAUCACGAUCGGAUGGGUGGACAAUUAUUGAGAGUACAGAGCAAGCAAUGGAGUCUCUGAAAGAAUGUCUAGGUAACCAUGGAUACGACCUCCUGGAUGUUGUUAUAGUUCACGUGUAUGUCAAGGACAUGUCCAAUUUCUCCCAGAUCAACUCGGUGUAUUGCAGAUACUUUCAGCAAAAUCCCCCUGCAAGAGUCUGUGUUCAAGUUGACCUGCCAUGUGACACGGAGCUGCAAAUUGACUGCUUGGCGCACAGAAAUAUCAGUCGAAGAAAAUCCAGCAAUGAUGACGUUGAAGUAGAACCGGUGCACAGACACACCAUGCAUGUACGGAGUAUAUCCCACUGGGCACCGGCUAACAUUGGACCAUACAGUCAGGCUGUUCAGAUCGGUGAUCUCGUUUUCUCGGCAGGCAUGAUAGGCCUAUGCCCCAGCACCAUGCGAAUCGUAGAGGGCGGUAUAACACCGCAGUGCGCCCUCUCAUUGCGCAGCUUACAACGAUUACUGAUGGCCAUGCACCCGGGAGCAUCACUGAGCACUGUUGUCUGUGGUGUGUGUUACGUGACCGACAGUCGGCAUAUAGAUGUUGCAAGGAAACACUGGGAGAAAUUUGUUAAGGAGGGGCAUUCCCGUUCCGUCCGAGCCCACAGUGCGAUGAGCUACGUAGUGGUGCCAUAUCUUCCUAAGGGUUGUCUUGUGGAGUGGCAGGUUGCGGCUUGUGUCGACUCGGAAUCAUGGCAAGGUACAAGCAAGUCUGUACAGGGCAAUGUAUCAACCUCCCAACUGGAGAUCAAUAUAGACGGUACGAAAUCAUCAGGGUUCAUCAUUUGCAGCAUUACACCAAACAUGUCUUCAGAGCUUCAACUCUUAGCGGUAAAUCUACUAGAUACCAUGGGAGCUUGCUUAAAGGAGCAGACGUCUUCCUGGGAUAGGGUCCUCAGUGUGCGUGUCUUCUACAAGCAGUCGGUGGUUGCCCGCGGACAGCUGUUAAAUGCACUGACAGCAGAAUUAGAAAAGGCAUCAUCAGCAAUUCCUGCCUUAUGUCUGGUACCUGUACUCUCUCUACCAGGUUCGUGUGUCAUUACAGCUCUGGCAUUCCUUCAGAUGUAACACACGGAUCAAGUGACAUUGACAGAUAACCAAUAACAGGCUGUGAACUCCAUGUGUGAACAGAAGGCGGUAGCUGAGAGCCCUGGUACUGGUUCUUGCACGUAUGGUGUGAAAUACGCACAAUUUGGGCGAUUCACAAUGUAGUGCGCCACCAAGAGUUUGUCGCGGAGAGAGUCCAUUAAUUUUUCAAGUUUACGGUCGACAAAACACAGCCCAUUUGAACGAGUGU